CUCGAGUAAUCUUCGCAAAUCUCCGUUCAUCGUCGGCAACCCGAGAACUCAAUGUAGAGAUACGCGGUGGGCCUUGCUUUCGAAAAAUAUCGAAUAGGAACGGUCGUUCACGAUCGCUUGAAGGCCUACGGUGGGCGGCGAUUGGCGAGUCGAGUAGGCUUGGAAAAAGCCUAAAGAUCGCCAGCGCACUUCCGGGUAUCUCCGGCCGGCCAGCCACAGUCUCCGAUCGCCUGCCUCCGUAUUUUUACCAAAUUCUAAAGCUGAAUAUUCUAGCUGUUUUCUUGUCAUAUCACGCAUUAUGGAGAAAGGGAAAUCGUCUUGGGAUAGCUCAAGAGUAAGGCUUCGGACAGCGCAUGAAUCUUGGAUGACACAAAGGGCAAUUUUUGUAAAAGAGAGUGGAAUAAGAAGCAACUACGACGAAGAAUUUGCGCAUCAUCUCUUGCGGCAACAUGGUGCGAUGUGCACUAGUAUAGCCAAACCAUGUACCCCUUCCGCCGAACUAUCAGGGCGGACAAGAGGCACCGCCGGCACCAGCGAUGCUGUGAGUGUGAGUGGCUCUGCCUCGAGCUCUGGCUCUGCCCCUGGGCUUGGCUGUGUCACUGAGAGUGGUGGUGGUAGAUCUAAUUCUGAUGUUGGAGCUCAACCUCAACUUCAAGUCGCUGAGCCACCCCAGGCUCAAGUUAUUAGGGAUCCUCCUCGACUCACUCCUAUAAAGAUCCGGAGUGAACCAGCCCACCGAUCACAGCAUGCCGAUGCAAUGCAGGAAGAACCAGCCGGUCCUUCAAUUCACUUUGCCCCUGCUGUCAGCUCUACACCAAAAGAUGUAGCUCCAUCUGACGAACCCACUGAAGGUUGUAUUUUCCCUGCACCUGCAGCUUCUGGUUUGUCUAAAUCCAGUUCAAGGAAGAAAUUGUUUGCCUCUGUUCCUCUGCUAGAUCAUACAUACUUCAGGGAACCCUUAGACUUUCCAGAUUCAGACUCGGAGGAUAGUUUGAAUUAUGAAGAAUUUCCUGCUGAGAAUGCACAGAUAACAUCAACUGUACCACAGCAAGGAGUGGAUCGCGCAGAAGACACUCCAGAAUAUGUGUUUGAGGAACAUUUUCUGGAUGGCCUGGAUGUCAACGUUUUUGACCUAAAUCUUGGAGCUGAGGAAGAUGUUGAGGAUUUCACUGGAGAAGAGGACAGUACUGAAGAAGAGGAUGAGAUAGAAGCAAGAGCACACAUCAGUGCACCGAAGUGCAUCGCUUAUGUGGAUCGACUGGUAGAUUUGUUAAGAAACAUUCAUGGGGAGCGAUGCAAAAAGUGCAAUUCAAGGCUCCAAUACAACACUGUGCAGAAAGGAACAGCUCUCCUAGUAAAAUGGGAAUGUAAGAAUCGUCAUGGAAGUUCGUGGAGUUCCCAACCGAAAUUCCGUGGCAUGUUUUCUGGCAACCUCCACGUAUCAGCCUCACUUUUAGCAUCUGGGAACAGUUUCCAGAAGAUUGCAACAAUGGCAAAGUUUACGAACUUGUACUUUCUAUCGAGGACCCAUUUUACUAACAUCCAGAAAUUGUAUGUUGCGCCAGCAAUCAACGAGUUCUACGCAAAGAAACAAGAAGAACUAUUUGAGAUGUACAGGGGGCGUGAUGUGGUUCUGUCUGGUGAUGGUCGUGCAGAUUCUCCAGGAUACAGCGCGAGUAUGAUGACAUACUCCUUCUGUGAUGAGGAGGAGAAGAAGAUACUACAUACAACAACUGUACUUGUGCAGGAGGCAGGGGGUAAAUCGCCAAACAUGGAGCGAAUAGGCUUUGAGCGGGGCCUAGACUAUGUGAAGAGCAAGAUUAAUGUCACCUGUGUUGUCACGGAUGCCCACCCACAGAUAGCCGCACUAAUGAAACGAACAAAAAAAUAUGAGUCAAUCCAACAUCAAUGGGAUAUAUGGCACGGGUGCAAGAACUUGAUGAAAAAAGUGAGCAAUGUGUCGCAGCAGAAGGGAUGCGAAGAUCUUCAGCCAUGGGUACCAAAGAUAUCGAACCACUUUUGGUACUCUGCCAAAACAUGCGACAGAGAUGUGGCAAAACUUGCUGGGAACCUGAAUGGGAUGCUGCAUCAUAUAGUUGAUGAGCAUGAGUGGCUUUUCACUACUGAUGACAGACCGGGAAUGUGUCAGCAUGGAGAGCUCAUGGAAGAGAGGGAAACGGCUUGGUUGAAACCAGGGAGUACCCCUCACGUUAAACUGUAUGACAUACUUCAUGACAAGCGGUUCAUGAAGACACUAAAGUACUAUACUGAUUUCAGGCAUACUGGUAGCUUGGAAGCUUUCCAUUCGACACUCCUCAUGUACGCUACAAAGCGAAGUUUCUUCACAAUGGUAGGCUACAUCAGCAGAGUGAAGCUUGCUGUCCUCGACACUAACUUUCAUGCGAACAGGAAGCAAGCCACAACCAAGGAUGGCAAGUUAAAGUGGAGAAGGAAGUACAACAAACGCUCCAAGAAGUAUGUGGUUGUUCCGGUUCCAGAGCCCAAAUCGUAUGCCUACAUGCCUGAUCUCAUCACUGCCAUCUACUCAAAGCGAGCAACAACACCUGGUCAUAUUUCCCAGCACGUUUCCAUGGCGGAAGAUGAUCCUAGACGUGUCCAUCCCACCAUCUCGAUGAAGAGGCCAGAACCAACGGAAGAGCUUGUAGUCAAGCAUCAGAGCCGCUUUGCAUUGAAUGAGCAAUGCCCUGGAGAUUAAAUUGGAGUCUUGUUAGCACUGCUGAUUCCAUUUUUCUCCAUACAACUAUUGACUUGAAAUAAACUUGAUUGGUUGAUAUGCAAGUAUUUUUUUGCCUGUGCUACACAUUUGAAAUAUCUGAAUUGAUUUUGAGGAAGACAGACUCAAAUUAAUUUCUUCAUUGUUCACAGGAUCCUUGUCACAUUUUAUGAAUUUUUCAUUCAAAUUGUUUUUUUUCAUAUUCUCUUCAAUUAAGACUGCAUUGUAAUAGUAUUUUUAUUGAAGUGUUUUCAUUUACAAUUUAAAGUGUCAAAUUAGUUUCAAAUUUAACCAUGUCUCAAGUGCUCCUUGUCAAGCCAAGUUUGUUCUUGUCAAACUGCCCCCCCACUUCCAGAUUUCGACUGCGAAAAGUGUGAUUGAUGCAAAAUGCAGAGGAUGUCAUCUCUGGAGGUUUUUUAUUCUCUAACAUUUUAUGUUGUUUUUCUUAACGUGAAUGAAGUAUGCCAACAGCAUUUAUUCCUAUUUUUGUUUUUUAAUAGUGUUUUGAUACCAAUUUUCUUUGCAAAAAUUUGGUGAACACAUUUUCAAUGCUUUGUUUAUGAAAAAAUGUCAGACUUAUAUUAAUACUUUUUACAAGUAUUGUACAUGUAAAUGAAUUAAUUGUUUUAUUCUUAAAUAUUUUAUUGCAUUUUAUGACUGGAUGUGUACCGAAAUUGACUUUUGUCAGAAGUCAAAUCUUUUAGGGCCACAACACAGAGAAUUUGUUUGAAGAGUUGUUUGCAUGAUAUGAUUACAGACUUGACUUUGGUGAGUAUUUGCCUUAUAUACAAGGGCGACAUGUACAAGUUUGCCUGUAGUUUUGUACAUAAGCAGAUAAUAGGCAGUGGUAAGAAAAUAUCAAAAUAUAUUCUAAAUUUUAAAACAAACCAAAUUCUCUGUGAGGAUCUGUAUGUGUUCCUCAGGGUUAUGAAACUAGAAUUCAAAUGUACUUUUUUUAACAAAAAGGACAGUAAUCAUUACAUACAUGUAAGUGUUGAGGAUGUGUGUGUAUCACAUUUCAAUUUGAUGAAAUAAUUCAUUGUCAUUCAAAAACAAUUUAAAUGUCUGUUCACAAUAACAAUGUUUUUGUUGUGCACAUCUUUUUAUUGAUGAGACCACAUGAGAUUUGCAAUGAUUUCAACAAUCCACCUAUCAUGUGGAUGAAUGGUGUCCAUUCACAUUAGCCUACACAUUCACACACGCAAUGCUGUUCUCUCCUCACACUUGAAAAUCAAAAUAUAAAUAUAUUUUAGCGCUUGUAGUUAGCAAGGUCAUGGUUGACUUUAAAAAAAAACAUUUUGAGAAAGCUUAAAAGAGCAUGCAGAUGUGAAUGGACAGAUUUAUAAACUUUUCAAAAUAAUUUGGAUAGCUUGUGAUCUUGGGGGGGGGGGGGGAGAUGAGAUUAGAAGAGCACGUCAUGCUAACUCCAUCUGACCGUAUGGGUCCCAAGAAGUUUCCAUGUCAAUUACCAAAUGACCAUUUUUAUAGUAUGUUGAGUUGAAAUGUGCCACUUCUAAUUCCAUCUCUCAUUUGAUGUUGUUGACAUAUAUAUGUAGUAAUUAUAUGCAAAAGAAACAUUGUUUUAGGCGAUAUAAUAAGCUUAUCUGAAAGCAAGGAUUUGCUGGGCAUUUGGUACCAUACGUAAGGUAGAUUGCUGUAAGAUGUGAAUUCAUUUUAUAUUGAUGCUCUUUUUGUUCACAAAUGUUAGCAAUUCUUGGUAUUACAAUUCUGAAAGGCAACUUGAGUUUGAUAAAAAUUUAUGAGAUACAUCAAAUCAUGGUAGCUUAAUACCAUUAUCGACAGGAAUAUUUCCUUGGAAUGAAGUCAUUACAGAGCAAUAAUUUCACCUUUUUAAAAUCAGUGGACCAGAAUCGUGAAAGCUAUGUAGACAGGAUUAUUUUCGCACUCAAAGAUUAUUUUCUUAGCCUACCUAAAACUCUUCGCAUUCACAUUUCCAGUUAUCAUACAACUAACUAGCAAAUGAUUAUGACCACUAGCUGACCUAAAUUACACUUACAGUGUAUGUUGACACAUUGCAUCAAUGAAAGCUAAUAAACAAACUUACAUGUAUAUCAUAUCAUCCUAAUUAGUUGUUUAUAUAUCACAUGUAUCUUCAUUAUUGCGAUUUCAAUGUACAUGUACUUGUAAAGAAAAUAAAUGUUUGGUGCGAAUUUUA